GCGGGGCUCUGCUCAGUUCGCAGGGAAGCGUCAACGAGACUACCGCAAGCAGCAAGCACACUGACAGGAUGGUCGCCCGCACCACGUACGUCACGCUGCACACCGGGGCACGCAUGCCCCUCGUCGGCUACGGCACGUGGCAGUCCAAGGAGGGCGAGAUGGAGGGCCCGCUGAACGAGGCCCUGCGCGCGGGCUACCGCCACAUCGACACGGCGGCCGCCUACGGCAACGAGGACGUCAUCGGCAAGGUGCUGCAGGAGGAGUGGUUCGGCCCGGGCAAGCUGAAGCGCGAGGACCUCUUCGUCGUCACCAAGCUGUUCGUCGGCGGCCUGCACCCGGGCGGCCCCGCCCAGUGGAUCAAGGCCUCGCUGGAGAAGCUGCGCCUCGACUACGUCGACAUGUUCCUCAUCCACACCGUCUUCAACUUCACCUCGUUCACGCCGCAGAACAGACAGGUCGCCGACUACGUGGACCACGUGGCCAUGUGGAAGGAAAUGGAGGCGCUGGUGGACCAGGGCCUGACCAAGGCGAUCGGCCUGUCCAACUUCAACCAGAGGCAGAUACAGAACAUCCUGGACCACUGCCGCAUCAAGCCAGCCAACCUGCAGGUGGAGUUGCACGCGCACAUGCAGCAGAGGCCGCUGGUCGACUUUUGCAAGAAGAACGGCAUCGUCGUCUCGGCGUACUCCCCCGUCGGCAGCCCCGGGGCCGCCCAGUUCAUCGAGAGACUCAGCGGCGGCAAAACGAUUAUCGAAGUCCCCAGCCUCGUCAACCACCCCGUGAUCGUGGACCUGGCCAAGAAGUACAACAAGCAGACGAACCAGAUCCUGCUGAAGCACAUCGUGCAGCGCGGCGUAGUGGCGCUGCCCAAGAGCCUCAACUCGAGCCGCAUCGCGGCCAGCAUCGACCUGUUCGACUGGGACAUGAGCCCCGAGGACAUCGCCAAGAUCGACGCCCUGGACAAGGGCAAGGACGGGCGCAUCUACAACUACAGCCACCUGGGCGUCUCACCGACACACGCCCAGUUCCCGUACCACGAGUACCCGUGAUCAGCCCACCUCACCUCACCAGCCCAACGUCUUUCACCUUUAAUUUAUCACCCACCGCGUUCUUCUGCAACCCUUUUUUUACAAUAAAACAAAUACAACAGA